AUGCGACGUAGUCUAGUCAGUUUUAUACCACUGGUACAACCAGGAAUCAAGACCGUUGAGGGGCUUCGACGGGGUGGCCUUUGCGUCUAUAUAGGCAUAUCACCUUGGUUUGAUCGAGCAUCUGACUCAGAUUUCCCCGUCGAUAUCGGCGCCAUGCGUCCCACUUACCUUUUCUUGUCUGUGGCAGCUCCACUGGCUUCGGCCUUUGUUAUCCCGGAUGAGAAUAUCCUUGCGGACGUAGUCUCUGAGACUCGCCCAGCCGCGAAUCAUCAGCUGUCUAAAGCAGAUGUCGAGAUGAGCCUAUUGAGCAUCUCUCCGGAUGGGCAUAGAGGCUGGGAAAAAGAUCGGGACUGGCGUGAUGACGAUGGAUACCCUAGACACGGUGAUUGGCCCGGACACGGAGGCUGGCAAAGACAUGGGGACUGGCCGGAUGACGAUGAGUAUCCAGGUCACAGCGAUUGGCCCGGAUAUGACGAAGAUCCGCACGGGAGAUGGCCCGGUGGCGAUUGCCCCAGACAAGGGGGAUGGCCCGACGACGGCGAAUGCCCUAGGCAUGGAAGAAAGCCCGAUCACGGAGGAUGGCCUGGACAGCGAGGUGAUGUCGAAGACAGAUGCUACCCUCCACACCCCCGACACGGAGAAUGUAGAUACGACCGCGACUGCAGACCAUGCAGAAGACACCGACACCAUCCAAUCCACCGGCCAAUCGACGCCUGUCCAGGCCCGCUCUGCCACGCAGACAAAACAACAUGGGAGGUCAUCAAAGAAAACGGGCAUACAUCUCGACUCGCCGAGCUCAUCGCCGACGACAACGACCUGAUAGAGAUUCUGAACAGCACGACGGCAAACCACACCUUCUUCGCACUGACGAACAAUGCCCUAGAGGGACUUCCACGAGGGCAAAAUGGCCCCAGUCACAAGUUCAUGUCCAGCUUGCUGCGCUAUCAUAUCCUGCCUGGUCGAUUAUCCAUCCAGCAUAUCGCGGGCCACGGGACGCUACCGACGAAGCUGACAGAGCCAGCUCUGGAAUCGAGUCUGCCACAGAGGAUUGUUGUGCGAGAGCACCACAACGGAGUGAUGUUGAACCGGAGGAGUAGGGUAGUGGGAGCUGACAUGGUAAGUAAAACAUCAGUCGGUCGUCUCAUGUAUAUGGCAUACAUACUACAUAUGUAUGUACUGACCUCACCUUCCAAGAAAACCAAAGACGGUAUAAUCCACAUAAUAGCCAGUCCCCUCCAUCCACCGCCAGAGACACGCACAAUGCUGCACCAAGCACCGGCCGACUUCAGCACCUUCACGCUGGCCCUAGCACGUACGAAACUCGCUCACAAGCUUGACCCGGCUCGGAGGCAGGGCGGGACAACCUUCGCGCCCACGAACGCUGCGUUUAGACGGCUCGGGGAGCAGGCUAAUCGGUUUCUUUUCUCGCGACAGGGUGAGAGGUGCCUACGCGCGCUGAUGCAGUAUCAUAUUGUGCCGAAUCGGACGCUCUACUCGGAUGUCUUGUAUAGUAGUAAUGGGAAGGCUCAUGGGUUGUUUUCUGGCCAUGAUAGUGGGAAUGGGCGUAAGGGCGAGGGUGGAUGUGUUGGUAGGGCAGAGGAAGACUAUGCGAAUGUACGGCUUGCGACUUUGUUGAAGGAGAGAGAGUUAGCGGUUGAUGUAAAGAGACGGUUUGGUGAGGUCGAUAUGCUCGUUAAUGGGUUUGGUAGGGUUGCACGACUGGAUUUGUUGGCGAGAGAUGGGGUGGUGCAUGUUUUGGAUCAGGUAUUACUUCCGCCGAGGAAGAUUCAGGAUAAAGAUGAAGGUGAAGAUGUGGAAGAACUGAUGGUAGAGGAACUUGUGGAGAGGUUGGAUGGUUGUGUCUAUGGGGUGACUCGGGAAGAACUGUAA